AAUAAGAACUCAUUUAAGCAUGGCGGACGAGCCUAGACAGACGCUGUUGAAGAAGGAUUACCAUGAGAAUUGCCCUGGAUGUAAAGUUGAUCAGCUCAAGGAGUUGAAGACAGGUUUACCGAUGCGUGAGCUGAUUAGAGAUUUUAAUAUUGCAAAAAGAGAGGAAGAUAUUGGCUACUAUUCAGGUUAUGUGGGGUCUGCAUUUAUGGUUGGCAGAGCUUUGACAUCUGUUUUUUGGGGAUUAGUGGCUGAUCGCUAUGGUCGAAAGCCUGUUAUUAUCAUGGGCACAAUCACAGUGGUUAUAUUCAACACUCUCUUUGGUCUUAGUGUCAAUUUCUGGAUGGCUAUAGCCACAAGAUUUCUCCUUGGAAGUCUAAAUGGCUUACUUGGACCAAUAAAGGCAUAUGCAGUUGAAAUUUUCCGAGAAGAAUACCAAGCCUUAGGUCUGUCUAUUGUUAGCACAGCAUGGGGCAUAGGAUUGGUUAUUGGCCCUGCUCUGGGAGGUUUUCUGGCCCAGCCAGCAGAGAAGUAUCCAAAUAUAUUUUCCAAAGAAUCUCUAUUUGGAAGAUUUCCAUAUUUUUUGCCUUGCCUUAGUGUAUCAAUUUUUGCCAUGGGAGUAACCAUAGCCAGUUUCUGGCUUCCGGAAACACUGCACAAGCACAGCAAAAACAAUAAAUCAAGAGAUGAACUGUAUGAUGCUUUGGAAGCUGCACAGGAGUCUUGCACAAAAGAAAUAACACAGAAAGAUGAAGUCAGAGAACUUGCUUCCAAUGAGAGCCUCCUAAAGAAUUGGCCAUUAAUGUCUUCCAUUAUUAUUUACUGCAUUUUCUCCCUCCAUGAUAUGGCAUACACAGAGAUAUUUUCAUUAUGGGCGGUCAGUCCCAGAAAGCUUGGUGGUUUGAGCUAUUCAACACAAGAUGUUGGAGAAAUUCUUGCAAUCUCAGGCUUCAGCCUCCUUGUCUUUCAACUUCCUCUGUAUCCAUAUGUGGAGAGGCUUCUUGGACCUGUCUUAUCCAUACCUCUACUGCAAAGUUACCCUUUCACAGCCAUGUUAUCUGGGCUUACUCUUAGCUUGUCGAUAAAUUGUGCCUCUAUCUUGAAGAAUGUUUUAUCAGAAUCCAUUGUAACUGGUUUAUUCAUUCUACAAAACAAAGCUGUGGAUCAACACCAAAGAGGAGCUGCUAAUGGCAUUGCUAUGACCGCAAUGUCUCUGUUCAAAGCAUUUGGUCCGGCUGGAGGAGGUUCUUUAUUUUCCUGGGCAGAAAAGCGCCAAGAUGCAAGUUUCCUCCCUGGUGAGCAGAUGGUUUUCUUCAUCUUGAAUGUGGUUGAGGCAAUUGGAGUGCUAAUGACAUUCAAACCAUUCCUGGCUCAACGCAACGCAUAAAUAGCAGAUUAGAUCUGAGCAUUGCAGUUGUUACUGACUUUGUUUCCACCUUUGUCUUUUUAUGAUUGGGUCUUUGUUACUGACUUUGUUUCCACUACCCUUUAUCUGUUUUUUGCGCACCUUUUGCAAGUCCUUCUUGUUCCUCCAUAGAAAGAAUCCUUGUCAUCAACUGUAAUUUAAAUAUCUUUUGGAACUGUUCAUCGUGCUAACUGGUGUGGUUCCGUGAGUUCUUUCUCUCUUUCCAUUAAAGUUUUAUAUUCUCA